AUGGGAGACGAAUCACAUGAUAUUGAAAAUACGCAAACUCAGACACAAAAUUCUCAAGUCGAGUGGACUCAAACAAAUACUCCAUCUUUUAUUCCUAAUAUUUGGGGAAGAUUAUAUUCCACGAAAGUGUCUUUGAGUGGUAGAUAUUGUUGGAAGACCGAGACUGAACAGCAAAUUCCAGAAUAUUAUGACCUAAUUCAACCUGAAUUUUCACUUGGAAGAGCUAUAGAUUGCAGUUUUGUAAUAAAAAAAGAUAAAAUUAAAGAAAGUAUUAUUAAAAAUGUAAGCAAACGACACUUUGUGAUCAAAAGGGACAUGAGUGAACCACUCAGCCCGGCCAUUAUUACCGACUUGUCUCACAAUGGGACAUUUGUGAAUGGUGUGAAAAUCGGAAAAGGAAAAAGCCGAGUUCUAGAUGACAACGAUGAAAUCUCACUUUCCAAUGCUGUUGUUAAAAUAUUCCUCUUUAAAGAUCUGCUGAAAAACGAACAGGAUAAAGCACCGAAAGAAAUAUCUGAAAAAUUCUAUAUAUCAAGAGUACUCGGACAAGGGGCAUGUGGGGUUGUUAAAUUAGUAUACCACAAAACUAAAUGUACAAAACAUGCCAUGAAAGUUAUAAAGAAGAGCAGACUGACAAACGGACAAAUACAUAAUUUGAAUGAUCCAGCCAAGAUUAUGAAUGAGGUUAACAUAUUGAAGGCUUUGAAACAUCCAUUUAUAAUUUCCACCGAGGAAGUGUUUGAGUCAUCCGAUGCAGUGUACAUUGUAUUGGAACUGAUGCAGGGAGGUGAAUUGUUUGAUAGAAUUUCAAAACAGGGACGUUUAUCUGAAAGAUUAACACGAUUUCUGUUCCGACAAAUGGUUCUAGCGGUCAAAUAUCUACACUCUCAAGGCAUCACUCACAGAGACCUUAAGCCUGAGAAUGUUUUAUUGGAGAGUAAAGAAGAAGAAACCCUAGUCAAAAUAACAGAUUUUGGUCUGAGCAAGUUUGUCGGUGAAGAUAGUUUCAUGAAGACCAUGUGUGGUACACCUUUAUACCUGGCACCAGAAGUACUGCGGGCUAAUGGACAUAACAGUUAUGGACCCGAGGUUGAUGUAUGGAGCUUGGGAGUCAUCUUCUUUGUUUGUUUGGUAGGCUAUCUACCGUUUUCAUCUGAUUAUAAAGAGUUAUCUCUCCGGGACCAAAUCUUGAGUGGGAAAUAUCGUUUUUCACACACACAUUGGAGAGGUGUGAGCUUGCAAGGCAAGUUACUCAUGAAAAGGAUGCUCACUGUAAAUGUGGAAAGACGGAUUACUUUGGAUCAAAUACUUAAUCAUAACUGGAUGCAAGAUGACGAUAUUAUUAUAAGGAUAGAGAGAUUGAUGUCUCAAAGUAAAUUCAAUGCAAUGACAUUAUCUAAUUCUGACGAGGAAAAUAAUAAUGCUGACAAUAUGACCGUGUUGAAAGUAACCGCAAGUGGUAAGAGAAGCCACAACGAUAGUUUUAAUACAUGUGAACCAAUACCUAAGAAACUUAGGGUAGCCAUAUAUCCUGAAGUUACCAUGAACGAUAACUCAAGUUCAACAAAUAGCUGUGUCUGCGAAGAGUGA